CCAACUAAUCACCUUUUAUCUGCUCACUUGUUUUGUUGUUUUGGGUGCUUAGAAGAGAAGAGAAAUGCCCUGUCCCUCCAUUCGAUGUUGUUCACAUGAUCGUUAAGAAGGGCUUCCUCACCACCGUGGCGCAAAAAUGCAACACCCUAACCCAACUCAAGCAGCUCCACGCCCACAUCCUCCGAUGCCGCAUCAACGACACGCCUUACGCCCUCGCCCCGCUUCUCUCCGUCCUAGCCACCUCCAACGACGCGUCGUUCUUCUCCUACGCUCGCUCCAUCUUCCGCCACCUCACUAACCGCAACACCUUCAUGCACAACACCAUGAUCCGCGGCUACCUCCAAUGCCGGUCACCCCUCCACGCCGUGUCCUGCUACUUGUCCAUGCUCCAAAACGGCGUUGCCGUUAACAACUACACGUUCCCACCUUUAAUCAAAGCCUGCAUUGCGCUUCUUCCUUCUUCUCCUUCGAACAUUGUUGGUCGUUUGGUGCACGGUCAUGUCGUUAAGUUCGGUCUCCGCAACGACCCUUACGUGGUGAGCGCGUUUAUUGAGUUUUACUCCGUUUCUCGCGAGGUGGACACCGCGAGAGUGUUGUUUGAUGAAACGUCAUAUAAAGAUGUGGUUUUGGGAACUGCGAUGGUUGACGGUUAUGGCAAAAUGGGGAAUGUGAAGAGUGCAAGAGAGGUGUUUGAUAAAAUGCCUGAGAGAAACGCUGUGUCGUGGAGUGCCAUGAUGGCGGCAUAUUCUCGUGUCAGUGACUUCAAGGAAGUGCUGGCUUUGUUUACAGAGAUGCAGAACGAGGGAACUGAGCCAAACGAGUCUAUACUCGUUACGGUACUUACUGCGUGUGCGCACCUUGGCGCACUCACGCAGGGACUGUGGGUGCAUUCCUAUGCAAGACGAUUCCAUCUUGAGUCGAAUCCGAUUCUGGCCACGGCUUUGGUGGACAUGUAUUCGAAAUGUGGAUGUGUGGAAUCUGCUUUAUCUGUUUUUGAUUGCAUUGUCGACAAGGACGCUGGCGCGUGGAAUGCUAUGAUUUCAGGCGAGGCAUUGAAUGGCGAUGCAGGGAAAUCGUUGCAGUUGUUUCGCCAAAUGGCUGCUUCCAGGACCAAGCCGAACGAGACUACGUUUGUGGCUGUCCUCACUGCUUGUACUCAUGCAAAGAUGGUUCAGCAGGGCCUUUGGUUGUUUGAAGAAAUGAGUAGCGUGUAUGGAGUUGUGCCACGAAUGGAGCAUUAUGCAUGUGUUAUUGACCUUUUGUCGAGAGCUGGGAUGGUGGAGGAGGCUGAGAAAUUUAUGGAGGAGAAGAUGGGUGGACUCACAGCUGGUGAUGCUAACGUGUGGGGUGCUCUUCUGAAUGCGUGUAGAAUACAUAAGAAUAUUCAUGUUGGGAAUAGGGUGUGGAAAAAGCUGGUUGAUAUGGGGGUCACUGACUGUGGUACUCAUGUUCUUACUUACAAUAUAUAUAGAGAAGCUGGGUGGGAUGUGGAGGCAAACAAAGUUAGGAGUAGGAUUGAAGAAGUAGGGAUGAAAAAGAAGCCCGGAUGCAGCAUAAUAGAGGUGGAUAAUGAAGUUGAAGAGUUUCUUGCAGGCGAUCAUUCUCAUCCACAAGCACAGGAAAUGUGCAAAUUGCUCGAUUCCAUUCUCAAGAUGGGGACUUUAGAGCACUUCUGAUGGCAACCUUGGGCAUCAACUGAAGAAAUGAAUUUUUCACCUCAGUUGUUAGAUGAUGGAAGAGCAGCAAUGAGCAUAAUAGGCAUUCCAAACUCGUGUCAAGAACACUGAUUUGCGUGAAAAUUUUCUGCUGAUAAUAAACCAUUGAUAAGGCGUCCAAGCCUUUCAGCUCCAGGGCCAGGCCUUAGGUCAGUGAUAUUUCUUAUGCCAGAAUACUUAUUAGUGAUGCUUGAAUUUGCUUGACUGAACCACCUGCCAGGAACAUAACCAACUGCAUUUUGUCCCAAGAGUUCAGUAUCAAUCUUAUCCAAGACUGGUUCGUUCCUGCCAAAUUUCCUAGCAAAAGGAGCAUUGCUGUCCACCAUUUUCUGGUAGUCAUCAACUGUAAGAAAAUGCGGGUGUUGUUUUGGAGGGUUGUCCCAUGAUAUGAAGUGGAGGUCGUGAUUAACGGUAGUGUUUCGAAACUCGUCAGCAUUGCAGAUGACUGUGUGAAAAUACCCUUCCGGGGAAGACAGAAAGUUGGCAUAAUACAUCAAGACUAUUCUAGGUAAGUUGUCCCACCCCCAUAUACAGUAUUCAAUAAAUGGGCGAGAGAGCAUCAUCCAGGCAGAACCUAAGCAAAAUCAAGAAUCAAUAUUUAAUAACCCUCAUAACAUGAAGCAGGGAGGUACCAAUUUCAAGUUAUUUUCUUUCAUUUUAAGUCAAAGUCAUAUAGUUUUGCUGUUAUGGACAGUUAUUGGUCUCAUAUUCCAUAAACUGUGAUAUCAGGUUUUUUUUUCUGGCAUAAACUGUGAUAUCAUGCAACUAGUUAGUUGUAAAUAUGCCUUCAUGUAUAUAAAAAUGAGUGAAGUGAAACUGAGAAAUUAAA